AACAACAGAAGAAACCCAUACCCAUAUAUCGUAUUGAUCUGUUUCCCUCUUCUUCAUCUCAAGUUGUUUUGUCUCUCCAGUCUUCUUCUGACUAGACUUUGAAGGCAGAAGAAAAAACUAAAGUGGGAACUUUUAGAUUUUAUAAGCAACUAAAGAGAGAGAAAGUAAAGGCGAAAAAAACCAACAUUGGUUCUUGUUUGAGAAAAAAAUGAAAAACAUUUUCAAGAAACUCCAUUUUGGGAGUAAUCACGAUCCUAAUCGAACCAACGAAAUUCCACCAUCUCCUUCCUCAUCAUCAUCGCCUCCUUCGACUUCGCAUUCUUCUUCAGAUAAUAAUACUAAUAGUAAUCACAAUCGUAUAAGCACAGCAACAGCUUCAGUUCAAUCUCCAACAACUACUACUACUUCACCUUCAAUUCGACCUAAUUUUUCUAAUACUGGUGGGGGGAAUAAUGGAUCAGAUUAUAUGCUGUCAGAAGAAGAAUAUCAAAUUCAAUUAGCUUUAGCUAUUAGUGUUUCAAAUGAUGAAUUUAGAGAAGAUCGUGAUAAAGAUCAAAUUCGUGAAGCUACGUUGUUGAGUUUAGGAGGUCGUCAGUUUGAUGAUUCUGCUGGAAGAGUUGAUUCUGAUACUGCUGAUUCUUUGUCAAGGCGUUAUUGGGAUUACAAUGUUCUUGAUUAUGAAGACAAGGUUGUCGAUGGUUUUUAUGACAUAUAUGGGCUGUCUAUGGAUGCUGCAAGUCAAGGUAAAAUGCCUUCACUUACAGAUGUGCAAACAAACCACGGGGAGCCCAGUUUCGAAGUUGUCGUCGUCAAUCGAGCAAUUGACCCCGCCCUUGAGGAGUUAGAUCAGGUCGCUCGCUGUGUGGCAUUAGACUGCCCUGCCACUGAGGUUGGUAUUCUGGUGGAAAGGCUUGCUGAACUUGUUACUGAGCAUAUGGGUGGCUCCGUGAUAGAUGCUAAUGUCAUGCUGGCGAGGUGGAUGGAAAAAACCACCGAGUUACGUCUAUCUCUUCAUACAAAUAUUUUGCCUAUUGGGUCCUUAAAUAUUGGUCUUUCUCGUCAUCGUGCUCUUCUUUUCAAGGUAUUAGCUGAUAAUGUUGGUGUACCUUGUAGACUGGUUAAAGGAAGCCACUACACAGGUAUUGAUGAUGCUGCUGUGAACAUAAUAAAGUUGCAAAAUGAGAGGGAAUUUUUAGUUGAUCUCAUGGCAGCACCUGGGACACUUAUACCGGCUGACAUUCUCAGCAUAAAGGAUGCAUCCUUUAAUUCCUAUGAUCCAAGAUUAUACAAAAUCCCAACUCUGGGUUCUGCUAAUGAUUCAGGGUUUGAUCUCUCGAGAGAAGAAACAUUGCAUGAAUAUAGAGAUGGUAAUGGAAGAUAUAUUGGUGGCAGCAUUCCCUUCGAUAGAAAAGCUAGUCCCAAAAAGAUAGAAUUUGUUCCCUCUACCUCAAGUUCUAGUAACGGAUUGCUGCCUACAAACCUUGGUGGCAGUUCACUUUCUUCUUCAGCUGUUGGAACUUCUUCUCAGUACAAAGGAAAAAACAGGGGUUCUGUUGUUGGUGAUGGUGUGAAGGAGAAUCUCAAUGUAAUGCCAUAUCCCCUGGAUAAACCUGAGCCCUCCAAAGACCUGUUUGCAGAUCUGAACCCAUUACGGAUAAGAGAACCUAAAUAUAUGCAAAACAAAACCCCAGAGAAAAAUGUUAACGAUUUUCAGAGGCGCAAAGAGAACCCUGCUUCGGGUAUGCCGUGGAAAAACCGUUCAACUUCCAACGAGGUCCCUCAAAACAAGCAGUAUGAAGAGGGACUGCCCCCUAGAAACCGCGAAAAGGCAUCAUCAAGCACUGUCACUUCCAAAAACUAUCUUCCCCACUUUCCUAAUAUUAAGACUUCUGACGUCUCCCAGAAUUCUUAUCCUGAGAGCAAAAAUGAUGUAACAGAAGGUUCAUACGCUGGGGUUUCAGUUGUCAAAGACAGUAGGCUGCCUUCUGAGAAGAGUGUUAAUCGAGUGGAUGGACCACACGUAUUUAAUCAGUCUCCAGAUGGAAAUAGUGGAGCAGAAUAUCAUAGAAAAGCGAAGGGUUUGCAUGAUAAAGUAGUAGGUGAGCCGGGGGAACACGGAAAGAAUAUUAUGGGUAAGAAUGAUCGUAGAAAGUAUACUCAUGACAGAUUUAUGGGUAUCAAAGGGAAUCUUGAAGAUCCUAUGUCACCGGUUGAUGCUAGUCCAAGUAGGCUAGGUCCAAUGUUAGAAGAUGUAGCUGAAUGGGAGAUUCCAUGGGAAGACCUUGUUAUUGGCGAAAGGAUUGGACUAGGUUCAUAUGGAGAGGUCUACCGUGCUGACUGGAAUGGGAGGGAAGUAGCGGUUAAGAAGUUCCUAGACCAGGAUUUCUCAGGGGAUGCUUUGGAUGAGUUCAGGAGUGAAGUUCGAAUAAUGCGCAGGUUGCGUCAUCCAAAUGUCGUCCGUUUCCUGGGUGCCGUAACUCGCCCUCCGAACCUGUCUAUUGUCACUGAGUAUCUCCCACGAGGGAGCUUAUAUCGAAUUCUGCAUCGUCCUAAUUGUCAAAUUGAUGAACAACAAAGAAUAAAGAUGGCUUUGGAUGUGGCGAAGGGUAUGAACUGCCUGCAUACGAGUGUGCCCACAGUUGUUCAUCGUGAUCUCAAAUCACCUAAUUUAUUAGUUGACGAGAAUUGGAAUGUUAAGGUCUGUGAUUUUGGAUUGUCACGCUUGAAGCAUAAUACCUUUUUGUCAUCCAAAUCCACGGCUGGUACGCCUGAGUGGAUGGCGCCAGAAGUUUUGCGAAAUGAACAAUCUAAUGAAAAGUGUGAUGUUUAUAGUUUUGGAGUCAUUUUUUGGGAGUUGGCAACACUGAGAAUGCCUUGGAGUGGGAUGAAUCCAAUGCAGGUGGUGGGUGCAGUAGGUUUCCAGAAUCGCCGUCUCGACAUACCAAAAGAACUCGAUCCCUUGGUUGCCAGGAUAAUUUGGGAAUGCUGGCAGACAGAGCCAAACUUGCGGCCUUCUUUUGCUCAGCUGACGGUUGCUCUCGAACCCUUGCAACAGCUUGUCAUCUCCCGGGGUCCUGAAUCAGAUCAACCAAGCUCACUAUUACCUCAUGAGAUCUCAAUAAGUUCUACUCCAUAAAAAGUCAACAUCCCAAUUGUGAAUAUGCGAGAAGUGUUGUUGCUUUUUUGUCAGGUGAGCAUAUAUGCAGUAUAUUGCUCGUGCUAGAGUAAUUUGAAGUGAUCAAAUGCGGUUUCUACAUCACGCAAGUGGUGGUUUUGUACAGGAAUUUACGUAUGGUUUUAGUCCUCGGGAAUUAUCAACUGGGGGGUAUAAAUUAUAUUAUAGAUGUCUUGUAAAGUUGAUGAUAAUCAUCAUUUAUUACUAAAUUCUGCCAUUCAAUACCAAGUUCUGACUGUAAUUUCGAGGAUUUGUGUGAAGCUUAUAACAACAACAUAUAAUGAAAAUCAGCAAGCACUUCACACAGAA